AUGUAUAUUCUUUUAUUUAAUCGCAGAUCAACAAAUGCCGAGUAUAUUUCGCACUUCCAUCAACAUAACUUUUCCUGUGUGGACUGGAAGCAAGCACCAGAAGCAACAGCUGGUAAUUGUACUAGAUAUGGAAGUUAUGGUGCGCUACGUUGUUAUGGUGGCAUGAAUAAUCUGCCAUCAAUACCCGAACAAAAAGUGCGUAAACUUGAAGAGAUUAUAUUUUGUGGUUGGCCGGAAAAUGUAUUCAAUCCCCUUAUUGAUCUGCAACCUUUUCCGAAAAUCCGUACUUUAACAAUUGAAUACAGCAAUUUUACCGAAAUUAUAUUUGAUUUUCCUGAAAUGUUUUAUUUGCAAACUAUCAAUAUAUCUUGGACCAAUUUAUCGCAUAUUAGCAGUCGUACUUUUAAACGGGUACAUACGCUUAAAGUAGCUGAUUUGCGCUGGAAUCAAUUAAUACAAAUGGAAGGUCCACUUAUAUUGCCGCGUUACUUUGAAAAACUCUAUUUGGCUGGUAAUCCUUGGAACUGUACGCGUAAUUUUAAAUGGUUACUUCUACCAGAACAAGGGGCUGCAGUAGUUGAUCGUGGUGAAUUGCUAUGCGCCGAUCGCAAAUAUAAAGAUCGCCUUAUGUUGGCAGUUAUGCAUUAUAAAUUGUUAUUGAAAGAAGAAUGUCAGUCACACCCUGACUUACAAAAUUGUACUUGCAUUAUGCAUCAUAUAAUACCGAAGUCCCACAUACCACUUUAUACUGUCAACUGCUCCAAUUUGAAUUUCCAACGGCUGCCCGCAUACAUACCAGCAAAUACGACUAUGCUCUUCCUUAACAAUAAUCAGAUAACAGAUGUCUUACCUUUGCGUAAUAAUGUUAAUUACCGUCAUGUAGUGGAUGUACAUUUGGACAAUAAUCUUGUUGAAAGUAUUGAUGUCCUCGAAGGAGGCUAUUGGCUCGAGCACUUUCGUCUAUUAAGUUUACGUGGCAACAAGUUAAGAAAGUUGCCAGUGUAUGCUUUGGAUAACGCCUUGGAAGAUAAUGCAAAUGCAAAUCUUUUACUUCUUAGCAUGAAUCCGUGGUUUUGUUCGUGUAAAUUUGCGAUGAGCUUUCGGGAGACUCUUAUUAAAUAUAAUUCCAUUUUACGUGAUUCUUGGAAUAUAACUUGCACUUACCAACAAGGAGAUGAUCUAAGGCAAGCGAAAGUGUUAUCCAUAACACGACAAGAUGUUUGCAAAUUAAAUGAGGAUCCGAAAGUACAUCCAUUGGAUAUGCUGAAUGGUGUUUUAGCUAGUUUAAUUUUAUUCAUAUUAGGCAAAUUAGCUUAUGAUUAUUAUCAUUAUAAAUAUUAUGGACGUGUUCCAUGGAUAGUAAUGAAGUUACCUUAAGAAAUGUAGGUGUAAAUACUAGUGCUUCAAAUACUAUUCGAACGAUUUAAAGCUUCGAGCAUUUUUAUGCCUAAAUAAGAUUGAGUUCGGACUCACGAAUUCGAAAAUGGUAUGAUACUCGAACCUUUCGAAUAUUGAAACAUCUGAAGUAGUCAAAUGUUUAUAUUUAAGUAUAUGCUCGAACACUUUGAAGUACUACUUAAUACUCAUCGAGCGAAUAUUUUGCUCCUAACUCUAUGUCUAAAAUGGCUAGUCUCUGACAAGAUUUGUAUGUUCGAAUGCAAUUUCGUAUUAUUUUGGUAUUUAAAAAUUAAAUUUGUAUGUAUUAGUAAGAAAGCGAGGGAGUGUAUGCAAAAAUCUUACCAAAUUCUAGUCAAUUUUCGUAUUCAAUUAAACUCAGUUUGCUUGAACAUCGUAAUGUUCGAAACCUAAAAGUGCUAAUAGUGGUCUCAACUUGUUGUCUACAGUGAUUAGUCUUUGAGAAAAUUUUUACGUUCAAAUGGAAAUCCGUAUUUUUGUAUUCUAUGUGUAAUUGAUAAAGUGGGAGUGUUUACAAAAAUCUUGCAAAAGUCUAGCCAAUUUAGAUACAAGGUUAACAUGAAGGCACAAAAUCAUAAAAAUAUCUAGUAAAUAUCUAGUAAAUUUCAUUACUUCAGAACUAGUGUUUAAUAUGGACAGCUAGAUUCUAAGAAUAUCAUUACUUCGGAACUAGUCUUUAAAUUGGAAACUUGAUUUUAAGAAUAUCAUUACUUCGAAAUUAGUCUUUAAUAUGGACAGCUAAAUGCUAUUCCAUUGGAAGCUACAAAAAAGAAAUUUCGCAGACGAGCAAAAUGUUCGCUUGGUGAAUUCUAAGUUCCAAAAUUUAGAAAUGAUAAUUAUAUAUGUAAAACCAAACGCUUAAGUAUUAUAUUGUAAAUAUUUAAAAUAAUAAAAUGU